GUUUAUGGCUAUCGCAUUUUGUUCAGUAGUAUUAUUAAAGCGAAAAAUUGUAACAUCUGGAGCGUAUUCGAGAGACAAUAAUAACUGUAUUCUUCCGCGUGCAGCAGUUGCUUCCUCUUGACGCCAUGUUCUUACGUGGAGUGGUUGAUCUGGUGGAGGUUGACUCGUGAAAAGCGUUUAAUUUGAGUUUGUUACUAGUUUGACUUUAUUUUGAACUUGAACCGUGUUUUAAAAAAAAAAGAGUGCGAAAUGGGAAGGUCGGAUAGAAGAGACAGAGACAGGGACCGGGACAGGGAUCGAGAUAGGGACAGGGACAGAGACAGGUCUCGUGACAGGGGCCGAGACCGAGACAGGGACAGAGAUCGUGAUAGAAGUCGGCGAAGGAGCCGUAGUCGCAGUAGAGAUCGUUAUCGUGAUGACCGAAGAGGUGGUGGUGGACGAGGGAAAAGAAGUCAAGCUGGAGCUAAUCUCCGGAAACCACAUUGGGACCUAAGCAGACUUCAACCUUUUCGCAAAGACUUCUAUGUUCCUCAUCCAGAUGUAGCAAACAGGUCACCACAGGAAGUUGAAGAAUAUAGAAGUUCCAAAGAAAUAACGCUUAAAGGUCGCAAUGUUCCAAAUCCUAUCAGAACAUUUGAUGAAGCUGGUUUCCCAGAAUAUGUACUUAAAGAAAUAAAAAAGCAAGGGUUCUCAGAACCUACAGCUAUCCAAGCUCAGGGUUGGCCCAUUGCAUUGAGUGGAAGAGAUAUGGUGGGCAUUGCGCAAACUGGUUCAGGAAAAACUCUUUCGUAUGUUUUGCCAGCUAUUGUGCACAUAAAUAAUCAGCCUCGUCUUCAGCGUGGGGAUGGACCAAUUGUUCUGAUACUGGCUCCAACUAGGGAAUUGGCACAGCAAAUUCAGCAAGUAGCAAAUGAUUUUGGAGCUUCUUCACAGAUUCGCAACACUUGUGUUUUUGGUGGUGCACCAAAAGCUCCACAGGCAAGAGAUUUGGAGCGAGGUGUAGAAAUUGUCAUUGCAACACCUGGACGCUUAAUCGACUUCCUUGAAAGUGGGAAAACAAACCUAAAGAGGUGCACAUAUCUAGUUUUGGAUGAAGCUGAUAGAAUGCUUGACAUGGGAUUUGAACCACAGAUUCGCAAAAUUGUUGAACAGAUACGGCCUGAUAGACAAACAUUGAUGUGGUCAGCAACAUGGCCAAAAGAUGUCAGAAAUCUAGCAGAAGAAUUUCUCAAAGACUACACGCAGAUUAAUGUUGGCUCACUCCAGUUAUCAGCAAAUCAUAACAUUCUUCAGAUAAUCGAUGUCUGCCAAGAGUAUGAAAAGGAGCAGAAGUUAAGCACGCUAUUAAAAGAAAUAAUGGCUGAGAAAGAGAAUAAAAGCAUAGUGUUCAUAGAAACAAAGAGGCGCGUUGAUGAAAUUACGAGAAAAAUGCGACGUGAUGGGUGGCCAGCAUCUUGCAUCCAUGGAGACAAAUCUCAACCAGAGAGAGACUGGGUUCUUCAAGAAUUUCGCACAGGAAAAUCACCGAUUCUUGUUGCUACUGAUGUUGCUGCUCGAGGCUUAGAUGUGGAGGAUGUAAAGUUUGUCAUUAACUUUGACUACCCCUCAAGUUCGGAAGAUUAUGUUCAUCGUAUUGGGAGGACAGGACGAUCUCAAAGAACAGGCACUGCAUAUACCUUUUUUACACCAAGCAAUGCAAGACAAGCAGCAGAUUUGGUUGCAGUAUUAAGAGAAGCAAAUCAGGUCAUCAAUCCUAAGUUGUAUGAAAUGGCUGAAAUGGCAAAAGGAAUGGGAGGAAGAGGUCGGAACAGAUGGCGUGGUAGAGGUGGCCGCGGCCUAGGUGGCGGCCGUAGUCGGACGAGAUCACGAAGCCGCAGCCGGUCCCGCACGCGUAGUCGGAGCAGAGACAGGGACAGAGACAGAGAUAGGGACAGGGACAGAGACAGAGACAGACGAAGCAGAAGCCGCAGCAGAGACAGGAGGAGGGACAGGACCCGUUCCAGAAGUCGCAGCCCUCGUGACAGGCGGGAUGACCGAUCAGGCAAGUUGCGGGAGUCUUCACCUGAUCGUGCAUGGCGACAAGAGCAACACCCACAGCAGAAUCAGGAGCAGCCUCAGCAGGUUCACCUGGGGAGCAAUGGUGGGCUGCCUCCUCCAGCUGCAUUGCAACAACCUCCCUCUUCACCAACAUCCCAGACCACAACUGAUUCUCAGAAAUUGCCACAGACUGAUACCAAUCAGUCUGCUCCAUCACUUUCUUCUGUUACCUCUAACACAACACAACAGAUGAUGUCACCGUUGGCCAAUGGCUAUGGGUACAGUCACCAUUAGGCUGCAGCAUGCAAGAUGAUUAUGUGAUCGGGGAUAACUACUGGAGUUCGGCAACGGGGGAGAGAUGAAGCGAGAUAAUGACAACACACUCCAUACAACGUCAUUUUUGUACCUGUCCAAAUUAAUUUGUUUUUGGAUGCUUCAGUAUUAUCAACAUGAAAUUCUUGAUCUGACAUGGAGUUUCACUUCUAAUAUGCAAAUAAAGUCCUAACCUUUCCUGAUUUGAAGCUGUUGGAGGUAGCUCACAUGCUGUUGUGUUGCUUUGUUACAGACUGUGUACAGUAUUUAAUUUGGAAAUAAAGACUUAAACCUGCAGAUUUAGUUCGUGUAUUCACCCAUUUCUGCAAUAUGCAAUUCUGUUUUAGCGUGAUGUAACAACGCCUAACAGUAUUCUGCCUCCAUCGUUCAGCUUUGCGUUGCCAGUCGUGAUGAGGAAUGGAUGAAGAGCUGGGAGGGUGGGAUUUAGUGCACUUAUCUUUACAGUAUUGAUGUGGUGUUAGUGAUGCUGAAUGUGGCUCUGUGAUCUUUCUUUGUUGGACUGAUUUUUAAUAAUUAGAUGGUAUUGUGUACAGAGAUCUUGCAUUUACAUCUUUCGUAGCACUUUUUUAUUGAAGUUUUUAUUUCAGUCAUUUUGAAGUAUAAUUUAUAUUCUAAAUGUAUUGUAUAAAUGUACAGAGCUGUCUGUAUUUUAUAUGUAAAUCAAUAAAAUGUGUUCAUUCCAACCUAUAA